AUGGAACAUCCAGAUUGGGAAUACCCGGAGCAUCCUCUUACGGACGAGGUCCAGUACGCAGUGCAGGAUAGCGAACAACCUGCUGCGGAAGAUGAGUUCGACACAUCGCUACUGGAUCCCAGACUGUACGGAGGCUCGCUUCCCAAUCCCUUGCAAUACUCGGACCAACCAGCCGUCGAGGAUGAAUACUAUGCUGAAGAAUAUCAGGCCGGGGAUGACUCGGAAGAGGAAUACGAGCUUUCCGGGGAUGAGGACUCGGAGGAUGAAGAAUCGCCUGAUAUGGUAGAGGAAGUCGCAGAUUAUGAUGAUGAAUACGGCUCUCGCAGGCGUCGUCGUAGGGGUACCGGCAGGUUCUCAGGCCGGUAUGGCGCCCGAGGUGGUAAGGGCAUCAAAAGAGGACCGCGCAGACCUCUGGAACCCAGUACAGAGUUCAAAAUGCUACAUUCAGAAGCUACCUCUGCGUUCAUUGACGGAGACUAUGAACGUGCAGCAGAAUUGGUGAAGCGCGCGAUCCAGAUCAACCCCGAAAUGUUCGCCGCUCACUCCCUGCUGUCAGAAAUCUUCCUGGCGCAGGGUGAAAAGGACAAAGCUUUAACCGCGCUUUUCAGCGGUGCUCACACGCGACCAAGGGAUCCAUCAGUCUGGGCCAAGGUCGCACGAAUGGUCCUAGAACGUGCGGGCGACGAUAGGCAGACAGCCUUGAAUGAUGCCCUCUAUUGUUAUAGUCGAGUAGUCGAUAUCGACCAGGGUAAUCUGAAUGCUCGGUUCCAGAGAGCGGCGCUCUAUCGCGAGCUGGGUCAUAAUGGCCGGGCUGCAACAGACUAUGAACGCGCCCUUAAGGACUCCCCGCACAAUGUCAGGGCGCUUCGUCACCUUGCGGAAACGUACAUUGAUUUGAACAAUGUACAGACAGCGUUUGACUAUUGGUCUGAGAGUGUUGAGUACUAUAUGACAGUUGAUCCAGACGAAGCUCCCGAUUUCUCCUGGUCAGACGUCAAUAUCUACGCAGAGUUGUUUACCUACCUGGGCCGGUACGAUGAGGGUCUCAAGGAGAUUAAGUCAUUGUGCAGGUGGCUUCUUGGUCGCGGUGAUGAUACAAUGUGGGAAGACUUCCACGCAGACGAUCGAGAAUGGGAUUCCAACGACUCCCCUCGACGUAUCAAAACCGAUGGCUACAUUCCAAAGCAAUGGCCACGAGACUCCUACGGUCUUGGCCUUCCGAUCGAACUUCGAAUCAAACUUGGUCUCUUCCGCUUGAGGAUGGGAUACGAACACAAGGACGAAGCAUUGCACCACUUUGAAUGGCUAAACCCAGAAGACAACGCCGAAGGCGCCCGACUUUACGAUUACGGAGAUCUCUUCCGAGAAGUCGCGGAUGCCCUCAAAGAAGUUACCCUGUUUGAAGAAGCUCUUCGCUUCUACACGCCUCUCCAACAUACAGGCGAGUAUGCAGACGUCAGUUUCUUCAUGGCCAUGGGAGAUUGCUAUAUGCGCCUCGGUAAUCUCGAAGAUGCAGAAAACUGUUACAUCACAGUCGCAGAACACGACACCAGAAACGUGGACUCGCGCGCACAGCUGGCCAAGUUAUACGAGAGUAUCGGAAUGACUGAACAGGCGCUCAAAUAUGUCAACGAAACGGUCCUUCUCGAGAGACAGGAGAUGAGGAGUAAUCGUCGCAGAAAAGACACCAGGCUAGAACAGCUCGCAAAGGAAUUCAAAGCGGCAGAGAUGGCCCCAGAAGAAGCUCCGGUUCCAAAAGAAUAUGAAGAGGAAACCCCAGAAGCCGAGGGGGUCGCUGCGACACUCACUGCUGCGCCAAUUAGUAGGAAACAAGAUGAAGAGGAAGUAGAAGGAGACCGGACAGAACAUGUCCAGUACUUGUAUUCAAAAAUGCAAGUGUUUCAUCCGCUGGUCAAAGAGGGCAAUUUGGAAGCCACGGAAGACUGGUUGGAUAUUGCUGACGCUUUGCUGCGAGAGUUCCGGUCAAAUCGGGUAUUUUACCCGCUGCAACGACAGGUCUUCAUGGGAUAUUCUAGAGAGGCGCAGAAAAAAGCUGGGAAGUCUCAGAGUCGGACACUCAUGGAUGAAAUGGCUGAAAUGGCAGGCCGUCUUCAGGAGUCUCUAGGGAAUGUUCCAGUCGAGCCGUUGCAGGAUGCUAUACCUACUGACUACCACGGAAUUUCCUUCGACGAUUGGCUCGACAUGUUCCUCCAGUAUGCUCUCCUCGUGGCAGAGCAGGGCGAACCCGAAGAAGCAUACGAAGCCCUCGGGGCCGCAGCAGAUGCAAGUGUCUGGUACAAUUCCAAGCCCAAGACACGAUUAAUUCAUGUCUGCUGGUUCACAUGCGCCCUUCGCGUGCAAGACGAAGAAACUCUCGCCAACGAAGCCCGCUGGUUCAUCAAAGAAUACCAAUUCGUAACAGACACCUACCGCCUCUUCUCCAUGCUCAGCCAUCUCAGCGGCGACCCGCACCGCUCCCUCUUCCACUCCUCCCCAAACAUGAAAUUCAUGCUGCGUCAAAUAAAAGCAAUCGAUUACACCCUCCCAGAUAAUAACCCACAAGUCAGACAGGGCAAAGCAGUUCGCGAAUCCGUCUACCAAGAACGCGCAUCACUCACCACCCGCGACGAAUCCGGUGAGGCGAUCCCAGCUGAGGAAAUGGAUGUCGCGCUGCUCGUGCUGUACGGACACAUCUUAUACUCGGGAAAUAGCUUCUUCCCGGCGCUGAAUUACUUCUUCCGCGCGUAUGCGUUGGAUGAUGAGAAUCCGGCUACACUUUUGUCUAUCGCGCUGUGCUAUAUUCACCAUUCGCUUAAGCGGCAGUCGGAGAAUAGGCAUUAUCUUAUCAUGCAGGGUCUUGCGUUCAUGCAUGAGUACCGGCGCGUGCGUGAGAGGGAGGGGAGUCUUCAGCAGAUGCAGGAGAUGGAGUUUAAUUUUGCUCGGGUGUGGCAUAUGCUUGGGCUGGCGCAUUUGGCGGUGGAAGGGUAUCAUCGGGUGUUGGAGUUGGGAGAGCAGAUACAGUAUGCAUAUCGGAAGGCCGUUGAGGCUGCAAAGGGGGGUGAUAUGGUGAUGCAGGAUGCUGCUGCUGGUGUUGGUGCGGUAGCCACAAAUACGCAAUUCGUAGAGGACUUUUCUCGCGAAGCAGCGGUUGCAUUGCAGAUUAUCUACUCACUUAGUGGUGACUUCGAAUCCGCCAAAGAUGUAACUGCGAAAUGGCUUGUUAUAUAA